CUAGUGACUAGUGAUUUCAGCGUAACCUCACUUUUUAGUAAUGGAAUUGUUCUAGAAGAAAUUGGAAGAAAGUUUGUUUUGGUAGUAAUGGCUAUGUUUGGGCUCAUUGUUUCGGGACGGAUGGUUCAAACUGAAUUCCAACCUAUAUCAGAAACCCAAUUCGUUACAACCAUCCCAGAUGCCGAUAAUAUUAAUCACAUCGUGGUUUUCUUGACGGGGGUUAUACCAUUUCCGGAAGGGACCGCAGGGCAAGUGUAUUUCAGCUGGCCUGACCCCGACGCCCCCCCAAACUGGCAGCCCUUGGGCCACAUCUCCAACACCAAACCCUCUGCGAUCUUCAAGAUCUCGUCGCUAAAGAAACUCGAAGAAAUGGGUAGUUCGAUGAACAUUUUGUUCGGACAGAGUGACAUCGUCCACAACGCGCAAAUCGGUAUCGCGAUCGAACCCAUAACUAACAUUCAACAAAUAGUGCCGCUGAAUAAUCCAAGCAAUAACGUGACUUUCGCGCACAAGAUGUUGGAGAACUUUAUGAAUUACGUGUUAAGUUAUACAGUUACGCAGCAUCAAAUGAUGCCCGAUCCUUCUGCCACCUAUGUUCCGCUAGCCACCGUGCAGACUUGGUACACAAACUUCGAGAGACGGUUACGGCAAAAUCCAAAUUUUUGGAAGACGUAAUUCAAGUGUGACUCUUGUAAUGUGAUCUCUUUGAGAUUUUUUGGUUUGUGUUCAUCAAAGCUGAAAGGUCUUGGCUGUAAUUUGAACGGUUUUUUAAUUGAGUGUGGUCUUGUAGUUUGUUUCAUCUUAUUUAUCGGGCUUUUAUGUAGGUUUUAUAUGAAACAUAUCUGGUUUUAACUAUUUGCUUAGUACUUAUUAUGUGUAUGAUAUUGUAUGAUUUGAUUUUGUUUAAAGAUCGCCUGAGAGUUUUGUAAAUAUUUUGAACAAAAUAUAUUUUAAUGACAAAAUAAACAAGUUGGAAAUUUG